AUGAGUGGACGACCAGCGGAGAAUGGUGGCGGUGGCGCUAUUAACAUUGCCCAACUUCCGCUUGAGCAGCUGGAGGAACUGCGAAAGCAGCUGCAGGAGGAUGUGAACAACCUGUCGGUUGCCCACGAAAGCCUUGUUGGUGCACAGAAUCGCUUUGCAAGCAACUGUGAGGUGCUGGGUGAGUAUCAAAAGGUCUGCGAGACGGUCCGCGCGAGCCCAGAGAAGCCACAGGAGGCGCUGCUCUGCAUCAGCAGCGCCCUUUACGCGAGAGGUCGUAUCGUGCCAAGCGACCGUGUGUUGGUAGAUGUUGGAACAGACUACUUUUUAGAGAAGCCGAUGGCAUCCGCCGUGUCGUACUUCGCCGCCCGCGCCGACGCGGUGCGUGAAAACAUUGAGUCUCUGGAGCAGAGGCUGCGGACGAAGCGGGGACAACUCGGACAGCUGGUGGAUACGAUGCGUGCAAAACAGGCGACCACGCAGGGGGCGGCCACGGCGUGA